UUUACUGGAAAAGGACAAGAUUGGUGUAAAGAUUUCUCUACUUGACAAGAUUUACGUGGAGAUUUAAUUGCCUGAAAGGGAUAACAGUUUCUUCACUUCAGCAGACUCUGAUCUGUGGAAGACGGCUGGGCUGAUGUGGACAACGGCCUAGUGAUGUUUUUGAUGAUGUUAACUCUUCUACUGCUUCUGUCCAGCACACCAUCCCAUGGCCAGUCCACUGACCAGGGGUCAGACAUUGUGGAACAAGGUCACCAGGUUUUAUCAGAGUUCUACCAACAUUACUCUGAUUAUAAAGUGGAUCUGGUAUUUGUUUUGGACCGGUCAGCAAGUGUGAUGACCGAGGGUUGGGGAGCCAUGCUUGCUUUUGUCAGGUCAGUUCUUCAACAUUUUACAGUAGACAAUGAUAACACACGGGUGGCCAUUAUAACAUACAGCACCGUGCCAAGUGUGGAUAUCAAUGACCUUGGGGAGACUUUGGAGGACAAAUGUUCAUUGAUGAGGCGGAUAAGACAGAAGCUGAUGAGACGACAGUUGUCUGGUUUUACAGCGACACAUGAUGCCUUAGUGACAACUCGUAACGUCCUGUACUCGUCCCGCCGACGUGCCAAGAAGGCGGUGUUUGUGUUGACUGACGGGAGGUCUAAUAUCGGACUGCCACCAGUCCGGGCAUCGGUAGAGCUCCGAUCUCUCCAAUGGAACUCUACAUGGAAUGUCACUGUUUGGGGACCACAGCUAGAGAUCUUCACCUUUGGGAUUCAGAAUGCUGAUGUCUCUGAGCUAGCAUCCAUAGCCUCUCCCCUUCCCAAUCAUACUUAUCAUCUACCCAACUUUAGGGCUUUUGAACAACUUGCCCGUUCUCUACACCUUGACCAACAGAAAGAGAACUGGCAUUUCCUUUCUGACCAAUCUACAUGCCACAUGGACUGUUCUGAGCAUGCUCAAUGUGCCUGUGGAACAAGGUCAGGUGACUACCAUUGUGUUUGUAAAGCAGGUUACCAUGGUAAUGGUUUUACAUGUGAAGUACAGCAAUGUGAGGAGUUACCCAGCAUUCCCUUUGGCAGGAAGUUCCAUGUACAAGGCAGAGUACGUGAUGAGCGUCCUGACAAUGGUGUUCCGUGCGACAACUUUCCAGAAAACUCUUGCCACUACCACUGUAACCAUGGUUACAGACUGACAGGCCACCCUGGUCUUAUCUGUCUUCCCAAUGGAACAUGGCAAGGUCAAGUCCCCAGCUGUGAAGUGAUAGACUGUCGGAGAUUAGAUUUUCACAAAGAGGAAGUGAAACAUGGUGUAACCACUUACACCAAUAACAGAACCACAUUUGGUGCCACUCUGACAGUGACAUGUGACAAAGGCUGGCGAGCAUUUGGUGACACAGUGAGGACUUGUACUCGCCAUGGAACCUGGUCUGGUACCAGGACUUGGUGUGUAGAAUCCAAAUGUCCACCUUUACCUCCAAUUUCACAUGGGCAGAUCACUCCAGAAAUCUGCAGUAGAACCCGUCAGAUGCCCGCUCAGGUGUGUGAUUACACGUGUAACCAUGGUUACCAUAUUCAUGGUCCUGCAGCCCAGACAUGUGACCUGUUUGGACACUGGACAUUGGCCCUGAAUACUUCAUGUGUUGAUGUGGAGCCCCCAGUCAUCACCUGUCCAGAGGACAUCAGGGUUCCCAUCACAGAGGGAAACUUCACCUUUGUACAUUGGCAGGACCAGAGGCCAAAGGUCAUGGAUAACUCAGGAGAGGUCACAACCAAGCCGACUGUUUGGAAAGAAAGUCCAGCAAAAAUGUCCGCUGGGUACCAUCAAAUAGAGUUCAUGGCUGAAGAUAGAGCAGGCAACCAGGCCUUCUGUACCCUUGGUGUCCUGGUGGUGGAGAGAACUGUUAGGAACACCUACUGUCCCAGUAACAUCACCAGAGUUGAUGUAGCUGGAUACAAAACCAAGGUUACCUGGCAACCACCUAUAUUCCUUGACAACAACAAUGACAGUGUUGAGUUUUACUGCAAUCCUCAAAGUGGAACACUCUUCUCCAUGGCAACACACAGUGUUUACUGUGAACCUCUGAUGCAAGGACAGACAGCCAGCUGUCACUUUUACAUCAGCCUCACAAGGCGACAGUGUGAUUAUCCUUCCCCACCAAGACAUGGUAGCCUGAUCUGUCCGGAGACUGCUGACUACUUGAUGCAGUGUAUUGUACAGUGUAAUGACCAAUAUGACUUCUAUGACUUUCCUCAGGAAGUAUACAGCUGUCAACUUAAUGGUCAGUGGUCACUCAGUGAUGGUCAUUUCUGGCCAGACUGCUCAGAGAAGCAUUUCCCUGGUAUGGCAAUGAUGCAGUCUGAGUACGAGUACUACUACUACAGCGGGGAAUGUGAGGCCCUAGAACCACAUGUGGUGGCCAAGUUCCUCACCAAGAUUCAAGCAACCACACAGCAGAUAUGUGGGAAUACCAUGUGUGCCCCAGGGGAAGUAACUGUGAAAUGUGGGUCUGUAUCGCGGAAACGGCGUGAAACAGACAAAAGUGACAUGUCUAGAUUAAAAAGGGAGGUAACUCCAGGAGGCAAUAACUCGUCCAGUCUAGCAGUCAGUCACAGAAAGGAGUUGACUGUUCACUUCACAGUCAAUGUUAGUAACCCGACUUACAACAACACACUUCGAGGACAGAAAAUGAUUCUGCUCACAAUGCGGAAGAAUUCAUUGACUGACCCCGCAAUGAAUGAGUCCACGGAAAUGCUACUAAGUGAUGAUCAUUACUCUGUGUACGGUCGCAAGUUUGAGGAAUGUGGGCGUGGCUUUGUCACCAAGGUGCUGAAUAUCCACUUCGUGUCCUGUGUUGCCUGUCCAGUUGGAAUGUUCCAUGAUCCGGGGAAUAAUACAUGUAAACCCUGUCCGUACAGGACGUACCAGGACAAGGAAGGUAGUGUGAACUGUGAACCUUGUCCCCGAGACACAAUGACCUUGACACCUGGAGCCGAUAAUGUCACCAAAUGUCUCGAGCGAUGUCGUGUUGGAUACUACUCACCGAAUGGAUUGGAACCCUGUUCUCCAUGUAGUGUUGGGUCAUACCAGGAGUUCAAAGGUCAGAGGUCAUGUACAGCCUGUCCAGCUAACACUACUAACAUACCAGGACAUACAGAAUCAAUGGACAGCUGUAAAGAGAUGUGUCACCCAGGGACUUACAACUCCAGUUCUGGACACCUCCCCUGUGUUCCCUGCCCCGUGGGGACCUUCCAGCCAAACUCUGGCUCACUCAGCUGUAUUCUGUGUCCCAGUAACAUGACAACACUCUCCCCUGGAGCUGCUAGUGUAGAUACCUGUCAGGGUAGACAGUUCUCACAACAACGGCACACUGUCGUAUCUCAAGGUGUUUGUGAUACAUCAUACAUUAUAUUUACAGAUAGACAUAUAUGUGAUUUAUUUUCGUUGUUCUCCACAGAAUUUGACUUUUGUGUGAAUAUUACCCAAGACAGCUGUUACCAUGGUGACUGUGUUUCCCUGGUGGAUGGGUAUCAGUGUAAUUGUGACAGAGGCUACACUGGUGAUGUCUGUGACCAGGAGAUCAAUGAAUGUGACACUGGUCCCUGUCUCCACAAUUCUACCUGUCAGGACCUUGUGGGUGGCUUCCUUUGUCAAUGUCAACCCACCUAUACAGGUGAGAGAUGUGAGACGCGGAUGAGUUUGUGCAGCUCCAGUCCCUGUGAAAAUGGAGGUUCCUGUGAGGAUACUGACCUGGGCUAUCACUGCUACUGUCCCUUCUCCUACACAGGAAGUCACUGUCAGAGUUAUCUCCCUUGUGCCUCCAGACCUUGUUACCAUGGUGACUGUGAGACAGACGACUUGAACUUCCGUUGUAGAUGUGAUUCUGGAUUUAUAGGUAAACUCUGCGACCAGCCUGACUACUGUGUGUCCCAGCCUUGUAGAAAUGGUGGAACAUGUAUUUCCUCGGGAACAAGUCACACCUGUAAUUGUACACCGGAGUAUACAGGUGUGGAGUGUGGGACCCCCAGCAGAGAGACCUGUGUAGGGGUCGUGUGUAGGAACAAAGGGGUGUGUGUAGUUAUAGACCGAAGUCCCCGAUGUAGAUGUGAACCAGGCUUUGGAGGUCAGCAGUGUCAGCAUGUAAUUUCUCCUGAUUUUGACCUGGUUUUUGAUGAUUUGGGGUCUCCUGGGACUGUGCUGCUUCGCCCCGCACCAGGGAGUCUGGAGUCUAUCACAGCUUGUAUGUGGGUGAGGACUGUGGACACCAUGAACUAUGGCACACCAUUCUCAUAUGCUGUGGAGACCAAUGAUUUAGCCUGGCAGGAGAGCAACAUGUUCACCCUUACGGAUUAUGGACAACUCAAGUUAUACAUCCAUGGUGAUGUUGUUGUGACCAGUGUUGGGGUGAACGAUGGGAGGUGGCAGCAUGUUUGUGUGGCCUGGCAGAGCAGUGGCGGCCUCUGGUGGCUGUUUGUCAAUGGAACAAGAGUGGACAGGGGAGAUAACUUGGCACCAGGUUACACUAUUCCAGGAGAGGGAUACCUGGUCUUAGGCCAGGAACAAGACUCUGUUGGUGAUACGUUCAGUAGCUCAGAGGCUUUUGUUGGAGAAAUGUCGCAGUUCAAUGUCUUUGAUUGGGUACUUGAUAAUGAAGAUAUCAUGAAGUUAGCCAAUCAGAAUGUCUGUAACAAAACUUAUGGAAAUGUUGUGGCUUGGACAGAGGUUGUGGGAAAUGUCCAUGGUAAUGUCAGAAUGCGGCAAGGUAGUCAUUGCUUAGAUGUAAAUGAAUGUCUGUCACCACUGUCUAAUAACUGUACGAGACACAGACAAUGUACAGACCUGAUUGGUGGGUUUGAGUGUGAGGACUGUCGUUAUGGUUACCAGGGUGAUCACUGUGAUGAACCAAUCAAUGAAUGUCUGCUGGGUGUAUGUCAGAAUGAGGCUACAUGUUCGGAUGGACCAUUUCCUUUUGAUUUCCGUUGUGAUUGUAGGCAUGGGUACACCGGAGGCAGCUGUGAGGUGGUAAUUAACGUGUGCGACUCGAGUCCAUGCCAGGCUAACAGCACUUGUGUGUUAGGUUCAGAUGGAGGUCACACCUGUGUCUGUCCCCCGGGGGUCACCAACUGUGAUUCCCCCUUUCGGGCAUGUUACGUAGGCUACUGCCAAAACAACGCCAUCUGUAAUCUAACAGAACUCCACAUGCCACAAUGUGUAUGUCCUCUUGGCUUCCAAGGUCAGUUUUGUGAGGACAAGGUCAUUGAUUGUCGUGAGAAUCCUUGUCAGAAUGACGGCACUUGUACAAGCACUGGUAACGGCUAUAAGUGUAACUGCAGAAAUUCAUGGAAGGGAGAUAACUGUGAGAUAGCCUUUGUGCCAAGCUGUGAAAUGAACCCAUGUCUAAACAAUGGAACCUGUGUUGUCUCCCCUGACCAGGAGUCGGGGUAUACAUGUGUGUGUGGGAUCUACACCUGGUCUGACAAGGGGACAUAACUGUGAACACAACCCCUGUAAGAUAAAUCCCUGUCAGAACUCAGGGCACAUGUAUUCUUCUUACUGACAGCAACUACCACUGUCUCUGUCCGGCGAAUAUAACUGGUCAGUUAUGUGAAGGGGAUCCCAAGGAACUGACCACUCACCAGCCAAUCAUAUCCUUUGUAAUUACCCAGACAUCAACAACAACACUGACAUAUACAGGAGGAGAUCAGUCAUGUACAACUGUAGAGUGUGAAAAUGGAGGGACAUGUAUUACAAGGGAAGGACAGGACCAUUGUAUCUGUACCCUAGAUUACACAGGGAGGGACUGUACCAGGUACAGACAGAGAGUAACUAAGAAAUACACUGCCACCAUUUUGGUAAAGAAGCCGUAUCACACGUUCUACAAACAUGGCUGGCUCUUCAAACACAACUUUACCAAAGAGGUGAG